AUGAACUCACCCGCGAACCGCCACUCGACGCAGACCGCUGGGUCUGGCGAAGCAGACGGGCAGAAUGGGGAGCAGAAGAAGAACCUCUGGAUCUCGAUGCUAGAGUCCGUCGCCAGUGGGAAACGGCUACCGGAGAAGAAUCUCGUGGUUCUUGGCGGCACGCCAGACUCGCAACGAGACUUUCUAGACUCCUUGUCCAGCUCGGAAUCGAAACGCAAUUUUGACCGGCGCAAGAUACCGCCGGUAGCGAACAACUUCGCGCUGGGUUACACGUACUACGAUGUGCUAGACGCUGAUCAAGAUGACACGCUCGCUCGAGUCUCAUUGUACCUACUGUCUCAACCAUCCGCCGAAUUCGCCUCUCUCAUCGCACCCCUCCUGACGCCCCGAGCCAUACCGAACACGGCGCUUGUGAUAUUGCUGGACUGGUCCCAGCCACACCUGUGGCUUCGCCAAAUACGUCAAUGGAUCAUCCUGUUCCUGUCCGUCACCAAGCAACUUGGAGAUGAGGAGCGCUACGAGAUGAAUGACGUUAUGGAGGCGUGGAAGACGCGCGGACGAGGUGGUGCGUCGGUCAAUCUGGAUGGAACCCCUUCGGCGCAGGCAGUAUCAGGGGAAGACGACAGCUCCUUACCACGAGGGCCUGGAGAAUGGACCGAGCCACUUGGUCUACCCCUGUGUGUGGCGCAACGAAUGGAGGUUCUCGAGAAGAACAAUGGCUGGAAAGAGCAAGCAUUCGACCACGUACUCCAGUACCUCCGGACAGUGCUCUUGAGACAUGGCGCAUCUCUCAUAUACACGUCGCAAAAUGCCCCCUCACAGCUCACGCCACUCAUUCAUUCGACGCUGGGGAUCACAUCCCUUUUGAAGAAGCAGCCACUAAAGCAGAACGUCAUUGAUCGCGAUAAGAUUGUGGUCCUGCCCAACUGGGAUUCGUGGGGCAAGAUCCGUGUUUUGGGCGGACAAUUUGAGGCCGAGACGAUAUCACAAGGCUGGGCCGAGGACAUUGACGAGCGAUUCAGCGGCGAACCCCCCAGCUUGGAGGUGUUGGCGCAGAAUCGGGCCGCGCAGAAGGAGACAGUCGAUCCACUUCAGGCCGAGAGUGCGAUCGCGCAGUACGAGGAGUGGUGCCAGGAGUCCGCCAGUGAUGGUCUGGCCCUUGUCGAGUCGAUACUGCAGAAGAAGCAAGCUGGAGUCACGGUGUACAGCGAAGACGCUCAAGAGUUCUUGGAGAAGCAAGUCAAGCGCCUGGAGACGGCCAGGAACAAGGCGGCGCCGACGGAGAAGACCAUGCCGGAAGCGCCGCCAGGUUGGUCGGAGAGAGAGCAUGUCAGCGAGCACAUUGGGCCCGUGCAGUUCAAUGUUGGCGGGAUCCAGGUGGACGCGGAUGAUAUGCUGCAGCGCAUCAAGGUACGGACUCCCUCAGCUUUCUCGUGGAGCAGCGUUAACCCCAGACAGGACCGCAAUACAUUCUCCUCUCCUGAACCAGCGCCGGAAGAGUCAGAGCAGCCCGAGACGUCCAACGUCACCAAGCAGUACGACAACGAGCAGCUACAUAAUUUCUUUCAGAAUCUCAUCAACAAGCCCGCCGGUGGAGGGUCUUAG